UCGGCUCGUUUAGCGGCGCAGCCACACGCACCGGCAAGCCGGCCUCUCCACUCACGGAUGGCCCAGCCCAACCAAGCUGAGGUCUCCCCGGUCUCCAGGGGUGUUUUCUACUCGGUAUUGGAAUUGAGAGGCAAAUUAAAUAGGAUAGUUUGAGACGGUAUAAAUACACUUUAUACACCGACCCCCGAUCGAAACCCGUACGUUUUUCUGACAGCGGCGCGCGGCCACGGCACGAGAUGACGACGCGCUCGCAGAUCCAACCUCUCCCCUUCCGCAGGACGAGGAUGGACGCUGCCCUCGCCGCCAGCUCGUGUCAGGCGGUGACGGACGCAAUCCGCGACAUCUACGCUCAAGACAUGGAAAAGCUCAACUUCGAGCAGCUCUACAGGCGUGUUUACGAAGUGGUCCUCAAUAAACACGGCGAGCUGAUGUACUCGGAGGUGGCGACCGCCCUGACGGCGGAGGUGGAAGGCCUCCGCACGUCGCUCGUCGCCGUCGCGGACGGCGGCGGCGGCGGCGGAGCGUUCUUGCGGGAGCUGCUGUCCAAGUGGCGCCGGCACACCGAGGCCGUCGCCGCCGUCCGCGACAUGGUGAUGUACAUGGAGCGGACGUUCAUUGUGACGUACCGGAAGGUGUCGGUCCAGGAGCUCGGCGUGAAGCUCUGGCGCGACGGCGUGGUCUGCUCCGGCGACGUCAUGCCGAGGCUGGUCGAGGCGGUGCGGCGCGAGCGGGCGGCCGCCGCCGAGCCUGGCGAGCUGAUGGCCGGUGUGGCCGAGAUGCUGACGAAGCUUCGCGACAAAGUGUUAAGCCAGGUCAUGGACGCGUCGUCUGUCGACGACUAUAGUAGCGCCAGUUUGGAGAAGUCUGUAUCAGAGUAUCAGUAGAGGACACUUUAACCUUUAGUUUCAUCACGUCAGAUUAAUUUCUUUUUUUGUUAGGUACGAUAUAUUCUGUGUUGGUUAAGUACUUCAGUUGAAUCUCUUUUUGGUUAUAGGAACAUCGGUUUAAUCUUUUUGGUUAAGUAUAUACACUUCAGUUUAAGCUCUA